AUGAUUAUAAUACUUAAAAAAGUGAUUGAUUUAUAUUCUGAUAGAAAUUACUCUUGCGAAACUCUUCAGACGUUUUCUUGUCUAGUAAAUUGCAUUUCUUUCUUUAAGAAAUACUAAUAAUGGUGUAUUUAACCAGCUUAGUAAAUCUAAUCUGUUACAAACAUUUAUUCAAAAUAAGGUAAAAGCACGAAGUAGUUAUAUGGCAGAAUGAACGAAUAAAUUUAGAAGGGUUUUUAUUUGAUUAUAAAUUCUUUAUCACAUAAUAUAAUCAGAUUUCUAAAGUAUAGUUAGUGUUUUCAAAAAUAUAUAAUAUAAUAGACAAAAUAUGAGAAAAAAAUUGAUUAUUAUAUAAUUUACUUAACCUUGUUAAGCUCAAUCAAAAAUUUAGGUUUUAGUUAUUAUUGA